AUGUCUUCCACGCAAUCCACAGCAGCCGCACCAAACCGCUGCGACGUAGUCGAAGACUCCACCGACAAACCCAAACCCCUCAGCCUCUCCCAAUUCGUCUCGUCCCUAGCCCCACAGCAAGAGUUUGAGCGUACAGCCUCCUACGCCGCCUCCCCCAAACACUACCUCGAGAAAACUCUCGGCCCAUCCACCUUCUCCCAGCGUCAACACCUCCUCUCCCUACCCGACAAAAUCGACAAAGACAUCUACGGCACCGGCGUCCACAAGACGCAUUUCCAGCAGCACAUCGCCUCCCUCCUCGGCAAAGAGCAUGGCCUCUUCUUCCUCACGGGCGUGCAGGCGCAGUUGGCGGGGGUGAAAGCGCAUUGUGAUUUUGCGGGUAGGAAUCGCGUCGCGUGGCACGGGACGUCGCAUCUGGAGACGGCGGAGGAAAAGGCUUAUCAAGCUUUGUACGGGCUUGAGAGGGUUCUGCUCGGGAGCCGGGAAGAUGCUAACCCAAGUGUUGAGGAGGUGAGGGAUGUUCUUGCGUUGCCGGAAGCGCAGAGGCCGUCGGUCGUGGUACUGGAGAUUCCGAACCGGGUUUUGGGAUGCCAGACGUAUUCUUUCCCGGAGCUAGAGGCGAUUUCGGCGGCGUGCACAGAAGCGGGCGUGAGACUCCACUGCGACGGCGCGAGGAUCUGGGAGAUCGAGCCGUGGUAUCAACGCAGCGCUGGCAAGACUUUCGCAGACUUGGGCAGGUUGUUCGAUAGUGUGUAUGUGAGUUUUUACAAAGGGUUGAGAGGGGUUGCGGGCGCGGCGUUGGUGUGCGAUGAUGAAGGGGUGAUGGCGGAGGCGAAGAAGUGGCAGCGACGGGCGGGCGGGAAUGCGUUUACGUUGGUGUAUGAGGUUGUGGAUUGCGAGAGGGGGUUUAAUGAGAAUGUCGGGACGUUUGCGGGGAAGUGGGAUAAGAUGGUCGAGGUUGUUGAGGGGAUUAAGGAGGCUACGAAGGGGUUUGAGGCGGGGGAUGGGAGGCCGGUGGGGUAUACUGCUGAUGAGUUGGUGGCUGCGAGGGAUCGAGCGGCUGAGAGGAUGGGCGCGAGGGUUUUUGAGAGGUUAUGGCCAAAGAAGAGUCUCGACGAGCAGUCGGAGAAGGAGCGGCUGGCACUGGUGGCGAAGGGUGAAAGCGAUCCGCAGGCCGAUGGGAAGGCCGUAGAGGACGACCGUCGGGAAAUUGUCGAGUGGAUGAUUGUUUCGGCGCUGCUCGAGGUGAAGACACAGGUGUUUGUGGAUGCGUAUGUGGCGUUGUGCGAGGAGCUGGUCGCUGGCGCGAAGCAAUAG